AUGGCGCACAUGCUUGAGGCACAUCUGCUACUGCGUAACUCGUCGGGCUCAAACCUCACGCAGGUGGUUCGUGGGCACCGACGCAAGGCUAGCCUCGGUGGUCCACCGACAAACGGCAGCGGGAGUUCCAAUACGCUAAACCGACGGCCAUCGUUCUCACGCGGUACAAACACAAACAGCGGCACUAAUUUUACCUCGGCUUCACUUACUAGUAGUAAGAGCCAAAAACAGAAGAGCAACGAUGCCAUGUCCAUGCCGAAUCUUAUCGAUUUAAAAACCAUAACGGCGGAGGAAGUUGAGUGGGAAGGGUAUCUCUACAAACAGCGUAAGAUUGUCAAGAGCUGGACGCCACGUUAUAUCACGCUACAAAAUCGUAUUGUCUCGAUUUAUAAGACUAAAAAUCAUGCACUGGCCAAGGAACAGCACCGCGGACGGUGGGUUAUCAAACAGAUUCUUAGCUCGCUGCCGUCUGCGGGCUUUGGCGGCUCUAAACUUAAGCCUGAAGCACUAGGAUUUAGUAUUUUGGCAACUGAUGGCAACUUGAUCCACUUUGUUGCAGCGUCAGCCGUUGAAAAAUCUAUGUGGAUGUACAUGAUGCACCAGAGUCUGUCCAACUCAUCGCCGAAAGAAACUCCACAGCCGCAAAACGGACGACACUUGCCUGCAACUCCAACAGCUCGCUCAGCUGAUGAAGUCGUGUCACUUGAGUCGACGGUAACAACGCACAUUGCCAAGAAAUUCUUGGCUGAUCUCGUGCACCUUUUGGCUGAGUCAUCCACGGAAAAAAUCAUUGAGAGUUUACCAUCAUUUUUGCGUCAGUUAAGUAAAGACGUCGAAUUGCUCUUUGAUCUCGAGACAAGUGAAACAGGACAGCCUUCUUGUGUGUUUAAGGGCAUUUACCACGGCCGAGAAGGUUUUGUGCACUUCUCAGCAUUGUACAAGAGCAAGUACUUGCUGAUCACGGACUCAGAAGAAAACUCUGUGCAUAAGGCUGAUGAUGAUGACCACCAUGCGUUUGCGUGCUUGGGGUAUCGUCUCAUCAAUACCGUGUCUGGAUCGAUGACUGAGGGCAAAUUUGGACUGCAAAUGACCUUCACUCCAGCACGUCGAAUCUCGCGUGUCGUACUGUCAUUUCGACAACGCUCAUCAAAGGCUGCGAGGUUGCGUCGCGUGACGACUAAUCCCAUGGUCGUGGCCGAGCAUCCGUCUUGUUUCCAUCAGUACUGUCUUACAAAACGAUCUUUGGCACUAUCAUUUUCGGACUUUGAUGUCGUAGGUGUGCUUGGUCAAGGUGGAUUUGGUACUGUGGUCCUUGUCCAGCGUCACCUUAAUCCAGAAGAAUACUUUGCGAUAAAGAUCAUUGACAAGCAGUCGGGUGCUGAGAGUGCAUUAAAAGAACGACGCAUUCUGUCCGGUGUGCGACAUCCAUUUUUGACUUGCUUGCGCUUCGCGUUCCAGACACAAACCAAAUUGUACCUUGGAAUGGAUUAUUACAAGGGUGGCAAUUUGUAUUUGCAUAUGCAUUCUUCAAAAAUGGAUCCUAACGUAUCAACGAGCAGUGGUAGACGUUUUUCAGUCGAGCGUGCUCGUUUCUACGCGGCUGAAUUAGCAAUUGCUCUGUCAUAUUUGCACGCACACGGUAUUAUCUACCGUGAUUUAAAGCCGGACAACAUAAUGCUCGAUAAAACAGGCAACAUCCGACUUGUAGACUUUGGAAUUUCAAAGCAGCUUCGCUUGGAAGGAGGGCCAGGCAGCCACUAUUAUUCUCAGGCUGGAACGCUCGCCGGCUCUCCUGCGUACAUUGCACCUGAGCAAUUACUAACGCAAAAGCCUCAGUAUGGUAUGGCAGCGGAUUGGUGGAGCUAUGGUGUUCUUCUCUACGAAAUGCUGACAGGAAGUACACCAUUCUUUGACGCCAAUAUUUCUACUAUGUACAAGAAGAUUCAGACAGCCGAUGUGAAAUACGACAGGUAUCCGCCGAUCGAUGAUGAUGCGAUUGAUUUGCUAAAAAAGUUGCUGGUUCGUGAUCCUGCGGAACGCAUUGAUAUUGAUGGCGUUCGUAGCCACCCAUUUUUCAACACGAUCGACUGGGAAAAAUUGGAGGCGAAAGAGGUGGAGCCGCCUUUUAUUCCGCCCACGCGAGAGUUAAUGCAAAAUGUGCACGAACACUUUCGCAACAUGAAUGUGGAUGAGACCAUUGGUGAAGAUCGCAAAGCUGUUAAUGGAAAAAAAGCAACGACCGUCGCCAAUUCCAGUGACGAGUCGCAUUUUGACGAGUUCAGUUUUGCGUAUGACACAACUCGUGAUACUUUUGAUAAUCUAUCUAUGGCCGACGAAGGUUGGUUGGUGCGACAGCUCCAAGAAGGUGCUGCAUUGCGCGGCCGUCUUAACGCAACUGAUACUGAUCCUGUGGCCGAUGAGUUGAACAGUGACGAUGAAAUAUCACAUCCAAUUAUGAAUGGUCGAGACAGCAGUGAAAGCGACGAACCAGAGAUUGAAGUCACAAACAUUUAA